AGAUUAGAUGCUGUUGAUAUUGCUUUAUGUAUAUACAUAGUUUCAUUUAAGUUACACAGAAAUUAAAGCUUUGUAUGGUAAAGUGCUAAGCGUGGUUCGGUGUAGUGGGAUCGAAUUUGAGUAGCGUUCUGGCUAAUAAACGUGUUUCCGUUAUAUGCGUUUUGUUGGCGCGGGAUAGGGGGGUGGCGGAUCUGAGGCGAAGGGCGGGCAGCAGUGCUCCGACGGGCGGCAGUAUCGCGUCAGGCGUCGCACCGCCCGGUUCAGCCGCCCAAUUCAAGUGCCGCCCUAUCCGUCACUUAUUUACAUCCAAAACAAAUUAUAAAAUAUCACAUGAUAUCUACAUUUCUUGACUAAUAAAUUGUUAGAUAAUCACUGUGUGACCGUUCCCAUAAGCAAAUUAUACUUUGAUCGAUAAUAUCACUGACGCGGUGAGAAAAAGGUGCAAUAAUUUCAAAUUUUGAAAUAUUAUAUAUAAAAGUAAAAUCAUUCUGCGAGUCGCGUAGAUCCGCGGUAUGCGUUGUUAGUGCGUGGUAUCAGAUCUCGUCAAGUGUGUGAUGUCAGGGCGCGCGGGAGCCGGCGCGGGGGGGCGCUCGCACCCGCGCGCCCUGCCGCCCGUACUGCCGCCGCCGCCGGAGUUCGCUGAACAAGACGACAUGCCCGCCAAUCAGAUAGCACAGGUGAUCGCUCUAAUAUGUGGUUUAUUAGUGGUGAUUCUGAUGGUUUUGGGUCUGGCGUCCGCUGACUGGUUGAUGGCGGCCGGCUGGAGGCAGGGUCUCUUCAUGCACUGCAUAGACCCCGCUGCUCCAACACCGCUGCCCUUCGAUAUAACAGCGCAACCAGGAUGCUACGCCGCCAGACCGGCGCCAUAUAUUAAGGCUGCGGCUGGUCUGUGUGUGGCCACACUAGCAGCGGACGUCUGCGGCGCUCUUCUGACAGGUCUAGGUCUUCGAUCAGCUGAUCACCGUACCAAGUUUCGGUAUUACCGUUUCGCUGUUCUCGCCAUGUCCCUCGCACUGAUGUGCAUUUUGAUAGCCCUGGUAAUAUACCCGGUCUGUUUCGCUGCUGAGUUGAAUCUCGGUAACAGAUCGGUAUGGGAAUUCGGUUGGGCUUACGGCGUGGGUUGGGGAGCCGCCAUCUUUCUUUUCGGAGCAGUUGUACUUCUGCUUUGUGAUAAGGAGAGCGAGGAGCUCUACUACAAGGAGCGAAAAGUGGUGAGCGGGGAAGGUGGUGGGCGCCCCUAGGGCCGCGGGCGCCUGCCCGACCUCGUGCCGUGAGCGCGCUAGACACACACACACACCGCGUCUCCAUACACACACACAAACACACACACAUACACACACACGAUCUCAUGAAGCCUAGUGUAUGGUGCGGUUCGUAUGCGUUCAUGUACGCUCGUAUGCUUCCGCAUACGAGCGUAUGAGUUCGGCUGCGAUCGUAUGAGUUCGGAUACGAUCGUAUGAGUUAGGAUUUGGACGGAGUAGAUUCUAGAAUAAGUUUCUUCGGACGGUCUUGGCUUUUUGAUUGUUGAUAUGUGCUUUGUGUGGCUGUGGAAGCGAUAUUUCCCUGACGCAGGUCGUGUGACCUGCGAGAAGAUUCCGCUCGGAUAGUGUACUACUCUCGAACAUCGUUCGUUAUUAUCGGGACCUUUUAGUUGAAGUAUUCUAACAUUCACUUUUUAUUACAAUUCUGUUGUGGUUAGUUAAUUUAUUGAAUUUUAGUUUAAGUGCAACGUUAACGAUUUGAAUAUAUUUUUAUGAAUAUAUUACUUGAAACAAAUGCUCAAAAUUGUAUCUCACAUAAUGAGAAAGUAUAUAUAAAACUUUUGGGAAUCUCAUCAGCCGGCAGGCGUAAAGAUAAAAAUGAUGUAUGUGAGUGAGAAUAGUCUCGGCCAUAUUAUAUAUAACUAAUGUUUGUUUGUUUAUUUAGUUGUAAGAUGUCCGAGGCGUCGUUUGUUGUUCGGGUCACAUUCACGUAACUCGUACUCGCGUACCUCGAAUGUAAUCCGUUCCAAAGAGCGUCGCUUAUUUAUUCGCUUUAUGUUACUCGUCCUAGUUGUAAAUAUGUUAAGUGUAGUCAGUGUGCAUUAUCCGUGGGGCGGGCUGGGGGGAGCGUGCGGUAGGGGCAAGUGUGGCGAGUGUGGCGCGCGUGGCGAUGCGUGGUGUGGCGUGGCGUGUCGUGGCGUGUCGUGGCGUGGCGCGGGAGGCAGCAGGCGCGGGCGAGGCCCGGGGCGGACUCGAUACAGUGUUAUGCACAAUUAGUGUUACGUGUGAAUGUACUUUGCAAACGAGACGCGAACAUUGCGGGCUAUGAAUUAUAAAAUUUAAUGUUGACGGUUAACAUUUCUAUCGCCAGAAACUUUUGUCGACAUUACAAAUAUGGAUUUGACGACUUUUUUAUAUCGGUUAGAUGUUUUUCUUAUGAUAAUGUUUUUUGGAAUUGAACCUUAUUUCUUAUGAUAUUUUCCUAAUAGUUAUUUAUUUUUUAUCAAUGCAAAUAUCUUGUCGCUUUCGCGAAUUGAAGACUAAUUGAAAUGAAUCUAUUAUAAAGUUAGUAUUAACGUUUGAUAAACGCUUAUGUUUAAAACACCGAGCGCUGAAGCAUUGAGUUGAUGGCGGUAUCCUGGGGUUAUUCAAUUGCAGCUUCUCAGGUGUUCUCGUUUAUGGCUUUAAUUCCGAAAUCUAAACAAUUCGCAUUUAUAAUAAUUUAAAGAUAUUUUUUUGUGAUUUAUUUGUAAAGAUAUUAUAUAAAAUGUAAGUUAAUCUUAAUCAGGAUUCUGCAUUGAGCUCUAGAGCAUCUUCUAUCUUUUCUGCUGUAUUGAAACCUGUUUAUUGUGUGCAUAACCAGGUUACAUGUUUGUUAGAAAAUAUAUAAUAAUGUAUUACAGUACUUAGUUACGGUACGGUAAUUAUAUUAAUUAAAGUUUACACGUCAAAGUCAGAUGGAUUGAUAUUUUUAGAUAUACAUAUGUAAUUUUAAUGUUUAAACAUUGAUCGCCUAACAGUAGUAGUGUCUUUAGCUGAACAAUUUUAACGUGUUGUUGUUAGAUGAUGUGUAUUGUUCGAUUUUUAUUACUUUUCUUAUUUUUUUCUUUUCCAGCUCCAACGUUCGUAUCACAAAGUUAAUCUUAAAUAAUGUUUUUUUUUUAUGAUUAGACGUUUUAACUUUAUCUAUGGACAAUUUGAAUGUGUUGUCUAUGGAUUCGAGAUUUAUAUAAAACCUAUUUUCUAUAAUCCGCUACGUAAAAUCACACUGCCAUAUAUGUAUUUGUUUUUUUUUUUUCGAUGUUACUUUACCGUAAUGACAUUUUUGAUUUACUUUAGAUCUAAGUGUAUAUUUUUUAUUGUAAAAGUAAUUUAGUAUUAGACAAAAUAAAAUGUUUCAGGGAAUCAUUAUCUUGUAAGAUAUAAAUGCUUGGUCAUUUUAUAAGUAUUAUUUCUGUAUUAACAUUUCCAAACUCAAUUUUGUAUCUAUACAACGGUAUAAUAUUUUUUAUUUCUUCUAAAUCAAAUUAAAAGUCAUAUCAAUAAGAUUAAUAAAAGUAUUUAAAUAGU